AUGGGCAUGAUGGGUGAGGAUAUCUCAACAGUACCCAAGGAAGAAUAUUGCGACUCAACUCGAUUCAAUCCGGUUGUGAUCAAGCGAACUCAAGACACCAAACACAACGCCACGAUUUCUUUGGGCAGUACGAGAAAUCGACAUAGAGCCAGAACAGGGGCCGAGGACAAAGAUUCUAGAUCGAUCGCGGCCCUACGAAGACACAAUCUCAUUAUGAAUCUGGUCUCUGAUGCAGAAAACGACCAAAAACCUUCAUUGAACCUUGAGGUACUCGAGCUCGCACCCUCCUUCGAACCUCAGGCACAGGAUCAAAUUUCAUUCAAGCCGGAGUUUUCGCCAGAAACUAUUCAUUUCUCGCAGUUAUUUUCAACAUUUAGAACAGAUGAUGGGUUCUCUACUGAGUCUAACUUAGGCUCUUCUUUAUGCUCUACGUUCGACUUCGAAAGAUCUCCCCUCGGGUCAUUGGACACGGCACCAUUUCAAAAGUCUUCUGGACCUCCUUUCGAUAUUCCACCCUCACAAGGCAGUCAGCCGCGCCUGCAGAGAAAGCUCAAGAGCGUCAGUAGUGAAUGGAGGCGGUGGUUUGUGGAGAGGCAACGGACUCCGCCAAGAAAGGCUGCAAGAAGAAAGCCAAUUAAGGGCAAGGUGCCCUUGAUAGCCCCUAGAUUUUCAAGGGGGAACAAUUAUAAUGUGAGGAACGUGCACCAGGACUCUGGUACAAAGUCUGGUCAGUCUACGUGCAUAAACCAUGCCUCCAAUUCAAGCGAGAGGAAGAGUCUUGCAGGAAUGUCUCAAGGAGAAGGAGGAUCAAGUCAAACAUCGCUACCACGUUCUCGGGAUUCGGCUCCUGAGCUCGUAGGGGAAUUCGCAAUGCAGCAGACACAACAGCAAGCCACACUGGAAAGGGGGGAAAUGGGCAUCCAAAAGCCGUCAUUCUUGAAGCCACACUCCGAUAUACUCAAAAUCACACUUGGCUCUACCACGUUCGCAAUAUAUGCCGACUUCCUUUGGUGGCAUUGCCCGUUGCUUGCACAAGAGUGCCAGCAAACUUGUUCCCGCGAGCUCUCAUUUUUACCAAGGUCACUCCAAGACGUAGAUAUGGAGGUGUUCUGUCUGUUUGUUAAUUGGCUCUACAUGGAAAGAGUGAUCAACAAGCGAGACGAACCGCCAUUUCAACAAAGGACAAUGGGCCUUUAUGUUAUUGCUAAAAGAUUGCAGAUGCCGAGACUUGCCAAUGAUGCUAUUGAUGCUCUGGAGGCAAGACGACGUAUGGAGGGCGAUAUUCAAACGAAAGCCUUCCACUCUGUCUACGACAACACCGAGGAUGGGGACCCCUUGCGGAGGUACAUUACUGACGUUUGCAUGCACUUCAAGCCGCAUAUCUCCGAGAGGCACAAGAAAGAAAGAUACCCCGAUGAAUUGAACCGGGAUAUCUUCGUGGCCUCGCUUACCGAUCUGAUGAAGCCUGAAGAUGGCGAGAUUGAUACUACCAAAUACCACAUGAAGGUCGAGCCGUGAAUCCUGAAGGCCGGGCCAGGUCGAGGGACUUACUGGGAGGAGCUAGCAUAGUGCUCAAGGAAUAGUGUCGUGAGGUUUAAUGCAGGUACCGUUGGCAGCUGGAGAUCAGAUGGUAGAGCUCACUGAAGGGCUGGGUUACCUUGGCUGGAGAGAGUGGAGGAUUCAAGCAGUACUAUGUAACGACAGCAUACUCACUCACUCACUCAGUUGACAGAAGCGCGCAGGUCUUUUCACCAGACUGAGAUUGACCUCUCAAGGAUUCUCGCUGUGUCGUACCAGGCCUGACUAUGACAAAGAAGUCGAAUCUAGGAGCCAAAGCCUUCAGAGUUUGCUCACACGUUUUUGCGGGAGAAAUUCCUAUUCGAG